AGCCGUCCCCCGUUAACGGCCUUUAAACCCGGGAGGAAGAGCGUCAUCUUCAUGCCCGGCUGCUGUGACCAUGGAGGAACAUUUCGAUAAAUUAUUGGAUCAAUGUGAAGCUCAGGAGCUGGAGGCUCCAGGGGGCAUCGCGACACCUCAGGUCUACUCUCAGCUGAUGGCUCUCUACUUACUCAAUAAUGACAUGAACAACGCCCGGUAUCUGUGGAAGAGGAUCCCUCAGGCAAUAAAAUCCGCGAACCCCGAGCUGGCAGCCAUCUGGGCCGUCGGCCAACACAUUUGGCAGAGAGACUUUCCAGGGAUCUACACGGCCAUCGCGGCUCAGCAGUGGUCGGACGGCAUUCUUCCCGUCAUGGAGUCCCUUCGAGAGAGCACGCGGCAGAGGGCCUACAGUCUGGUGGCUCAGGCCUACACGUCCAUCACAGCCGAAGACUUCGCUGCCUUCGUGGGUUACUCGGUGGAUGAAGCUGUGAAGGGAGUCGUGAGUCAAGGCUGGCAGGCUGAUCCCACUACCAGGAUGGUGAUGCCCAAGAAGCCAGAUCCUCCUCCGGUGGCGCUGGUUCCCAACGAGCAGCAGCUGACCCGACUCACCGACUACGUGGCUUUCCUCGAGAACUGAAGCCGGACCGGACCGCCCUGCGUGAACUCUCCCGGCCUCCGUGGACGACGAUCUCUGCACCCGACGUGUAAAUUAGAUGUUUUUGUUUUUGUCGUAAUAAACAUGUACAGUUUGAUCAGACCUCGAGUUUGAGAGUUUUUAAUUUGUGAAUAAAGGAGUUUGUUUGUAAA